AUGCCUGAUAUUGAAGCACUAAAUAUUAAUCCUCAUAACACUAUUAAUACUACAGCUAAUAAUAUCUCCUUCGACUCCAAUAAAGCUGAUAUAACCAAUAUAACCGAUAUUUCCUAUAAUGAUAACAAUACCCACAACUUUCCUCUCAUCAAAUACAAAGAAAACCAACAAAACUUCUUUUCUUUAGUUUCUAAUCAAGAAUUGGGCUUCUCUCUUGGACUAUCAAACAAUCUCACCAAAGAAACAAGAAAACUCCAGUUUGAAAACUUUCAAAAGAAAUCAACCAUAAAGGAACUCCAGAACCAGAAUAAAAUACUAAAUGAAUCAGUAUCAAAAUUGGCUCAGGAACUAUUAAACCAUAAAUACCAAUUAUCUAAUUUAAGAUUCAAAUUCAAUACCAAAACUGAAAAAUACAACAACUACAUUAUCCAAUUAAAGUCUCAAUUACUAAAAUCAAAAUUCGACGCAGCUAAUAGUAAUUCAAGAUUCUCUCUCUUACUAAAUAGCUCAGAAUCUGAACUCAAUAGCCUAUUGUUAGAAAAUGAUUUAAUUGACUCAAAUUUAAAACCAAACAUAUCCUCUGAUUCUGACAAAACUGAAACUGAAACUGAAAUAGAAUCUGAUUCUGAAUCUGUCUCCCAGUCUCAAUCUGAUUCUGAAAUCGAUACUCCAAUACUACCAACUUCCUCUCAUAAACAUUCUGAGAAUCCCUUGACCUUUUCUUCUGCAAGAUUGGUUAAAAUUGGUCUAUAUAAUAGAUCAAAAGACUUGAAAAAGAUAUCAAUUAGAAAGGUUAACGAAAUCGAUAAUAAAUUAGUUAAAUGCGAUAACAAUACUCCAAAAUAUGAUAAAUCAAUCAUAAAUACUAGGUUUCCUCAAAAUAAUACCGUUACUACUGACAGUACUAAUACUAGUACCAAUAAAAAUGCCAGUACUAGUACCCAUAGCAAUACCAUUUACUACAGUAAUAGCAAAACCUCCCAUAAUGACCAUAAUAAUACUAUAACAAUCGAGGAAGCAACUAGAGAUUUAUUAAAAGAGCUAAAACUAGAAAGAGAAUCUGGCAUAAACCCCAGUGAUAUAGAACCAGAUGAUGAUGACAAUGAUGAUGAUAAUGAUGAUGAUCAAUUCUCCAAUAAUGAAAAUUACAAUAAAACUUUUACUAAAACCCUAAGUGAUGACCAAGAUCUUAUUAACAAAUCCCAUAAAGAUAUCAUUGACAAUUAUGUUUCUCAAAAUAAUUUAGUUUUAUUGAAUAUUGAAGAGUAUAAUAGAAUAAAAUCAAUAAGUGAAUCAAAAAGCUUAAAUUCAAUAAAUAAUGAAAACACUCUAAAUAUUAACAACUUUAAUAAUAAUGACGAUUUUAAUACAAUAUUUGGUAAAUAUUCUGAACUAGAAAAUAAACACAAGGAUUUACAAGAGCUAAACAAAGAAUUAAACCAUAUCUUAUCCAAAUCUUCACUAAAAUCUGAAAAGUAUUCCGAAUUAACGAAAAUUUUAAAUAAAAUCCUAAUCAAAUUAAGUGAUAGGCUAAACAAACAAAACGAAAAAUUGAAUUAUAUCGAUGAUAGAGUAAUUGAACACUCGAUUAAAGUUAAAAUUGAAAUUGAAAAGUUACUUGGUAAAUUUCGCUAUACAGAAUUAAGAUGCUCAGUUUUAGAAGAGGAAAACAAAUUACUAAGGCAACAUAAUAAACUAAAAUCAUUUGAUGAUAAUGAUAUCAACCAAGAAAAAGACAAAUUAAAGAUCAAUUCAAUUAGUGAUCAAAUUGAUUUUUUCGAAGCAGCUAAAAGAUUUGGAUAUACAUUGAUUAAACAAAGAUCAAAUGAUAUCAACGAAAUCGGAGAUAAAUUAAGCAUUAAAAGUAUCAAUAAGAGUAUUAACAAAAGCAUAAAAAGCGGCGAACAAAGUAUUAAUAGAGACACUAUUAAGGAGAUUGAGAAUGACAAUGAUGAUAAUAUGAGCAAUAAAUCGAAUAGUAACGGAAGUAAUAAUAUUCAACAUAAUACUAAUGAUAAUACUAAUAAAGUGGAUAAUGAGUUAAAAGUCGAAAAGAAAGAAAUAUUUUCAAUGAAAAAUCAAAAUAAAUCUACAAGUUCCAUAAGUUCAAGACUUAAAUUUUUUGUCAAAAAGGUUGAUAAUGAUAAAAUUAAAGAUAGCAAAGAUUUUAAUGAAAAUGAAAAUAUUUAUAAUAAUCUGUACAAUAACAAUGAUUAUAGUAGCAAUAAUAGUAACAAUGAAAAUGAAAUAUCUACACCAUCAGAUAUCUAUCAUGAAUCUCAUGUUGGACCAGAGGAAGGAAAAUUAUUAUUGUAUAAGAUGGAUAAUAAUAGUACAUCAUUCAAAGAGAGUUUAAAUAAGUUUGGUUCAAAUAUGAUUGAUGAUAAUGAUUUCAAAAAAAUGAAAAGGAGCAGCUUAUAUAGUAAAGAUGAUAUUAUCAACAAGAGAUCAUCAAGGUUCAUUGAUGUUACAAUGAAUGAUAAGAUAAAUUUUAAAUCAGUCUUGAAGGAAAAUAUAAUUGAAAUAAUUAAUCAUAUAGUGAUUGGAGAAUUUUUGAUUAAAUCAUUUAACAGUUUGUUAACAUCUGGUAAAAAAGAAGGAUAUCACAAGAGAUAUUUUUGGGUUGUUCCAAAUAAAUUAUCAUUGUAUUGGACAGAUGAAAACCCAAGUUUUAUGAGUAAUGAAUAUGAUAGUUGGAAUGAUAACGAAGAAAAUGAAAAUAUAAAAGCAAGAAGUUUAAAAAUAAGCAGAAUAGAGAGUGCUGAUGACAAUAUCAAUAAGAACAGCAUAGAUGGAAAAUUUUAUAAGAAAAGCUUAAUAAUAUAUUCAAAUAAUAAAAGCAUCAAAUUGAUCUGCCCAAAUAAAAUCAGCCACAACAGCUGGUAUAAUUCAAUCAGAUAUUUGCUCGCCAAUAAAGAUAAAAUAGGAGGGCUUAAAAGCAAACCAUUUAUGGGACUUCAAAGCAACAAUAAUUGUCACCAUAAUGAACCAACUACAAAGGAAAACAAGCCCAAGAAAAAAACGUUUAUUAGCCGACGAACUUCAAUGUUAAUUCCUCUCAAGAGAUCGACUUCACAGCUUGGUAAUGUGUUAAUGAACAAGUCCUCUUCACCAUUGAUAGAGCAUAGUAGCAGUGACAAUGAAUAUAUAAAUAAUAAUAUUAAUGACAUUAACGAUAAGAAACACUCAAUGUAG